CACGCGGUUUUUGUGGACAUUUAACAUCUUCUCUAAAUAUAGUAUAGUGUACUUUCUCGUUGAUUUCGUGAAUGUAGCAAAUUUAAAACACAAAAAUACCCUUUAAAGCAAUAAUAUUUUGCUCUAAAGUAGGAACUAGCAUUUUUUGUCAUCAUGGCGAAAAUACCAAGGCAAGUAAAAGACAAAAUAAAGCCAUUAGUUCAAAAGCUACUUGACAAAUGCUCAAAUGUAAAGGUUUUAACAAGGAAGUUAGAGUGGGAAGAAAUUACAGAAAUUUUAAAAUUAGUUGAAUUAAUCCAAAACAUUGAAAAAGAUCAUAGGCAUCCGUUUCCUGACAGAAAUGUACACUGGGACAAAUUUUAUUCAUGGUGUAGGGAAAAUGGAGCUGAUUUUGAUGCUGUUAAAGUGAAAGAGAUAAGUGACAAAAAUUUUGGUUUGAUUGCUGAAAAAGAUAUUAAGGAAAAUGAUCCAUUUUUAUUUAUUCCAAGAAAAAUUAUGAUGACUGAAAACUCUGCUAGUUCUUCAAGAUUAGGACCUCUUAUUUCUAAAGACCCAGUUCUGCAGCAUAUGCCAAAUGUUCAAGUAGCUAUGCAUCUGUUGUUGGAAUUCAUAGAUACAAAUUCAUUUUGGAAGCCAUAUAUCAAUAUUCUACCUUCUAGUUAUGAUACUAUUCUAUAUUUUUCAUUGCCUGAACUUCAAGAACUUCAAGGUUCUCCAGUUUUAGAUGAAGCAUUCAAAUUAAUACGUAGCGUUGCAAGGCAAUACUGUUACUUUUUUCAACUGUUUCAGAAUGAUUCUUAUGCCAGAUCUCUAAAUAUUGGCUCAUACUUCACAUUCGAGCUGUACAGGUGGGCUGUUUCAACAGUUAUGACAAGGCAAAAUUUUGUGCCCUCUCCUGAUGGUCGGCAGAAAGUUACAGCUUUGGUACCUCUGUUUGACAUGUGCAAUCAUAUUGGUGGAAAACUGUCCACCGAUUUUAAUUUGGAAAAGGAUUCUUUAGUGUCUUACUCUUGCAAAGCCUUUUCAACUGGAGAUGAAGUUUGCAUGUUUUAUGGUGCUAGAACAAACGGUGAAUAUUUUGUACACAAUGCUUUUGUAUACCCAGAGAAUGAGAAUGAUGCCCUUGAAAUUAAGUUAGGAAUAAGCAAAAGUGAUCCUCUCUAUUCUCUUAGAAAUGAUUUGUGCAACAAAACAUUGAAUUUUCCAUUGAAUGAUGCUUUUCGAAUCAGUAAAGAAAAAUAUAUUAGUGAAAGACUAUUAUUGUUUUUAAAGAUAAUAGUUAUGAAAUCAGAUGAGCUGCAACAUGCUAUAAGUGAAGCAGACAACAUACACACUGUUUUAGAAAAAAAUUCAGACCUAAACCAUAGAGCUUUAAGAUUUUUGAGAGACAGAAUUCAACUUCUAUUAAAAUCAUACAGAACAACUUUGGAGGAAGAUGAAACUAUACUCAAGUCCAGUGUGUUUGAAUCCAACCAUCAGCAGUUAAUUGUGAAUCUGCGAAUUUGCGAGAAGAAAAUAUUUCAUUGCGUCUAUGAUUACUGCUGUAAAAAUGUUGAAUGA